GCAGUGAAAAAUUUCAGGUCAUAUUUGUAUGGAAGAAAAUUCACCCUAAGAACAGAUCACAAGCCACUCCAAUGGCUUCAUUCUCUAAAAGAACCAAAUGCUAAAUUAAUGAGAUGGAAAUUGUUAAUGGAAGAGUAUGAUUACACCGUAGAAUUCAUAAAAGGUCGCUCAAAUUGUGUUGCUGAUUGUCUCUCACGGCCUUUCAAUGUAAAUAUGAUGGAAAGUAGUGAUGAAUUUACAGGUUUUGACGAUUCAGAAUUAUUCCCAGGCUUUCCCGCGGAAAAUAAUGCGAACAAUGCCAACGACAAUGCCAAUAACAAUGAUGAGUACGAUGACAUUGAUAACAAUGAUCUGCUAAGAUUCCAUAACAAUGAAGCUCCUCCAUCGUAUGGAUCAAAACUGGACAUCGCGGGCCCCUCAUGGAGAGAAAUAAGUUGGGAAGAGAGGAUGGAUGAUGAAUCUGACUCUUAUAUUGAGCUGGAGGGUUCAAUUCUGUCAGUGAAAGAUUUGCGAUCGGAAAAUGAACUGGAAAUUGUCGUUUACUCACCGUCAGAUGACAAAUCAGCUCAGUCGGACAACAGUCGAUCAAAUUCGUCUGGAAAUGAGCAAACGCUUCGUUAUGUGUCAAUCCCGAGACAGAAAAUUCAAGAUUUCCUGACGAAAGGCAUUGGCGUCAAAAAUCAAUCGUUUAUUGAGGAUAAUGAUGCAAAUAAGGUGAAACAGAUAUCUGUCAAAAGAAAACCGUGAAGAUGGCAUGAAAAAUUGGGUACCAUACCAAGCUACUGUACCAAUAAGAAUAUCAUGCAUAUAUUAUUCAGAUUACAAAAAUCGUUUCAAUGCAUCUUAGUAGGAAAGAAUGAACAAGAACAAGCAGAUGAGGACCACAUUUUUUAGGGAAAGAGUUAUAUAAAUAUAUAUUUUUUUAAAAGAAGAAUCGGACUAUUUUCAACCAAACUCACCCUAGGUACAUAGGAAAACACACAAUUUUUGAUACAGAGCUGAUUUUUAUUCAAAGUUAAUAAUAAAAUACAUUUCUUUUCUGAAAAUAUAGUACCAAAUAUUAUUUAUUUUUUCAAUAAGUUUUAUAUAAUUUAAAAGUACUGUAAUUUAAGUUCAUUCUGAAUUCACCAGAGGCCUUUAAUCUU